AAUUAUAUAAACAAACAUCAACUGUCUCCACCACUCUACAAAAUUUUCAUUUUUUGUAAACCUUUGAAAUGGGGGAAGAUGCAAAGGAGUGUGAGUUUUGGUUACCACCACAGUUUCUUACAGAUGAUGACAUUCUCUUUGGGUUUAAGAAAAAUGAAAGUAAGAGGUAUUUUGGGUGUGAUUUUCAGAAUGAAUUUUCUUAUGGGUUUAACAUGUUUGGUCCUAACUCGGAUCUGAGUUCACCAGUUGAAUCAGUUGUUAGCUCAACAGAGACAGAGAGUGAAGAAGAAGAUGACUAUAUCACUGAAUUAACUCGUCAAAUGGCUCACUAUACUUUUGAAAACCACAAGGUUAAGAAUUUGUCAAGUUCACCUCAGUCAACGUUAUGUGGUGUGUUUGGGUCCAAACAAGGCUCAAAUAACGAAAGUCCAAAAUACCCUUCUGUGCAGAGUGGAAAGGGGACAGUGGAUUUGCUAUAUGCUGCAGUUGGUGAGGUUGCAAGAAUGAAGAUUAUGGAGGACAAAAAUGGAAUUUGGGCUCCACCAAGAAAGACGAGUCCAGUUUAUGUAGACCCAAAAAUGUCUAAACCAAAUCUUGGGUCUUUCUACUCUAAUCAACCACCACUAUCUUACCAACAGUUACAAAUGGCUCAAUUUCAGCGUUUGAAGCAACACCAGUUAAUGAGGCAAAGACAAGAAGUAAUGGGUCAUGAAAAAGAAAGAUUUUUGCAGUACCCUAUGGGCCAAGUGAGAGAUAGAAAUGGACCUGAUAGGCCUUUGAACAUGGCAAAAUCUGCUUGGCCUAAUCUACAGCAAUCUCAGGCGUCGCGGCCAAUGCUGCAACAGUCUCACGCGCCGCCGCAGUCUGGCUCAGGCAUGCGCGCUUUUUACGAAGGAAACUCUGGACCCAAAAGAGAAUGUGCUGGAACUGGUGUUUUUAUUCCCAGAAGAGUUGGAACUCAAACUGAAACUAGAAAAAAACCAGGGUGUUCGACAGUUUUAAUGCCAGACAGGGUGGUCCAGGCCUUGAAUCUGAAUCUGCAGCAUCAGGUUCAACCCAGAUGUAAUAAUAAUGGUGGUGUUUUGAAGUACCGGAAUAAUAACGUGAUGGAGCAACAAUGGCGGAGUUUGAGAAGUCAGUCACCGGUUGCAAUGUCCCAAGAACUACAGCUUCCUCAGGAGUGGACUUACUGACCAAGAAAUUAUUUUUGGAAGUUUUAGAAGCAGGAAACAAAUGUCUUUAGUAUUUUGAUAGUGGAAAUUUGGUGAAAGAUGGCUUUUUUGGGGGGUAGUAGUAGGGUUUAAGAUUGGCUAAGGUCAUAGUCUUCUUCAGGGGAAGAAGAAUUAGGGUAGUAGCAGACAGGCUCUAGAUUCAAGAAAAACAAUGCUUAGUGGAUUAUUAGGUUCUCUUUUGUUUGGUUUAAGAUUAGAUUAGAUAUAGUAGGUAUAUGACAGAAAUAAGCUUCUGAAGUCAAGAAAUGGAUGACUGGGUCAUGUUUUGGGUGGAACACUGGAAAUACAGUCUCCUUUUUCUACAGUUUUAUCAGCAAAUGUAUGAGUAUUUUGCCGGGGAAAUCUAUCAAUAAAUAUACCAUUUAAGUAUACUAAA